AAGUAGCAAGAGGAACAGACAGAAAGAAUAUUUAAGUAUUUAGGUCAAUCUAAGCCACCUGGUGCACAGACAGUAAAUUCCUAUAUCUUUGUCUGCAUGCUUGUUUAAACAAAGUAUAAGGGAAAUAGGCACCAGCUGCACAGAAUAGGGUGUGAGCAAAGGGGACAUCUGUGUGGGGCAGAGGGAUGAUGGGUAAACUAGUGUCUUGCUUUCCCUGCAGGUAAAAGGUGCACAGGGUGAGAUGAGCAGGAAGAAUGUGCCUCAGAGGUAAAGAUGAGGACUAUGCAUUUGAAAAGAGGGCAACUGUACCUGCAGGCUUUGCUCAGAAAAGGAAGGUGUAUAUUAAUGAUGCCUUUCAAGAAGCAGCAAAGUCAACUACAGGAAGAAAUGCAAUCUAGGAUCAGGAGGGAGGUGUGAAAGUCCUUGGCACCAAUGACACUGAGUGGAGUCACCCAGAGGCCAGGGCACAGGGAGGGAGAAGAAGGAGAGAAGUACGCCCAACACAGAGAAAAGCACCACCGCUGACUGAACUAGCGGAGGCACGCGGCGGCCACCCGAGGGCACCUAUGACGUCGAGGGAGCAGCCACCCCGCGGCCCUGCCGGGAGUUUCCCCACGGCCGCCCGUGGCCCACCGAGCCUGCGGCCGCCCGUCGUAAAAGAAGAUCGCUCUGCUCCUCCGUCGCGAGCUGGCCCCGCUAUAGAGGCCGAGCAGAGCCAGGCAGCCUCCGGGGUAGCGUUCCGCGUCUCCCGUCCCGCCCGGCGCUCACGUGCGUCCCGCUUCCCGCGGCGCGGCCCUACCUGUCCCGGCGGGGCUCCGAUGGCGAAACAAUUUGGAGGAAUGGAUGAAGAUUUUACAACACAGCCACUUGACUCUACUCUACAAAGUCCAUCAGAGACAUUACUUUCGAUUCGACUGCUAGAUUUUAAAACAAGUUUAUUGGAGGCAAUAGAAGAACUGCGUAUAAGAAGGGAAACAGAGAAUAAUUAUGAAGAGCAAAUAAGUAAAAUUGUUGUUGAGAAACAGGAGCUUGAAUGGCAGAAGGAAACUCUGCAGCAUCAAACGGACACAUUGCACCAACAAAACAAAGAAGCUAUAGCAGCUUUUAAAAAACAGUUGCAGGCAAGGAUGUUUGCCAUGGAAGAAGAAAAGGGAAAAUACCAACUUGCUGUGGAAACAAAAGAGAAAGAAAUUGAUGGACUGAAAGAAGCAUUAAAGGCAUUACAGAUUUCAAAAUGCACUUUACAAAAGAAGCUGAAUGAAAUGGGUCAAAAAUUACAGAUGCAUGUAACAGCAAAAGAGGAGCAUCAGAAGAAACUGAAUGAAAUUGAGAGGUGUUAUGCUACUAUUGCAUCUCAGUUUGGAGUUGUGAAAGGCGUUCAUGGGAAACUAGAGCACAGUGUCCAAGAAGCAAUACAGCUCAAUAAGAAACUAGCAUCGGUGAAUAAAAGACAAGAGACUGAAAUAAGCAAUUUGAAGGAAGAACUGAAGAAAGUAACUACAGACUUGAUAAGGUCCAAGGUCACAUCUCAGUACAGGGUGGGAGAAGAAAACAUCAAUCUUGCAGCAAAGGAAAAACAGUUUCAAGACCUGCAACAAAAAAUCAGAAUGGAGACUGCAGUUACGAAAAAAGUUCAGGAAGAAAACACUCACAUUAAAGAAGAAAAGCUGGAAAUUCUCAGCUCUCUACAGUGUGUGCAGGAACUGCUUCAGCGAGUAACCCAAACGAAUGUUAGAAUAGAAAGUGAAUUAAAUGCACUGAAAGAAGACUAUCAGACCCUUGAAAGAGAUAAUGAGCUGCAAAGGGAGAAGGCAAAGGAAAAUGAAGAAAAGUUCCUUAAUCUUCAGAAUGAGCAUGAGGAAGCACUAAGAACUUGGAAGAAAGAUGAGGAAAACAUGAGAAGAGAAAUAGAGACUCUUAAAAAUGAGUUGAAUUCCUUUAAAGGUGUUCAUAGACACCUUGAAGAUCACCCUCCUCAGGGAAAUCAGGAUUCUGAGCAAGUGCAAAAUCUUCAGGUGCGUGUCUCCAAUAGCUGCAGUACUUCCUGUUUCUUGUCUUUGGCUUACAUCAGAAUUGUAAAAAGUGGUGAAGAACACUCAAAAACCAGUGAUAUACAGGCUGUUCAGGAAGAAAAUACAUGUAUGGAAUCCACCAUAAGAAAAGAUAGUAAUUUUGGACAUGAAGAAACUGAAGUACCAAAUGCAAUUCCUCUAAGCACUGCGGAAUUACAGAUAGAGCAAAAUUUACAAGUUCUUGAAAACAGUUUUAAGGAUGAAGUUAAUGUUGCUAACCCUUAUGAAGAAAAGCCAAGGGAGGCUUCUCCCAGGAAUACCCUCUGCACAGAUACUGAUUUAAUUACUCAAGGACAGACCUCAGAAAUUUGUGUCACUGAGUGCAAAGAAGCAGAAAAUCUAGGAGCAACAUGUAGAAUGUUACUGGGUGAAAACAGUGCAAAUUCAGAACAAAAGCUACAGGACAGCCAUAAGCCCCUGGCAGCAUGCCACACACAGACAAGAAAGGUCCUUUCAGACAGGACUGACACUGUAGGUGCCUGCAGGAAAAAUGGAAGUCAAGAGACUGGCUCUAACAAGCCAGAGCUGUGCGGUGUUACAGAUGAAUCAGUUUGUAAUAAGGCAGAAAAAAAGUCAAAUACUAUACAACACAACUUCCUUAUACCUGAAGCACCCCAAACUGAGUGUGAAGCAGUUGUUUGCAGUGAGAACAAGGCUGUGUGUAAGAGGAGUACAGAUAAUCAUCAAGCUAAGGAAGCAAGUUUUCGCAUUCUAUCUUGCAAUAAAGAAAAUUCUCAAACAGAAUGCCAAAGGUGUAGCUUGCUGAACAACGAUAAUUCUGUAGGCAAUGGAUUACAUGAACCAGAAGGAAGUUUGCUAAAUCUGAGUGGUCUACAUGGAGACAAACUUCCUUUUAAACAGACACACAUAGAUGCUGAAGACAGAAAUUGCCCUGAAAAUGCCACAAAUGUCAACAGAGAUGGUGCACUGGAGAGCACUGGUGUUCCACUGACUGAUCCUCAAGAUCCACCAACUACCUAUUGUGACAAGGCAAGUAGUGAUGAUGCCACAAAAACCCACAGCGAUAAUGUGUCUGUCUGGGGUACAUUCAGUUUAUACCCCCCAACUACAGGAAGUGGAAGAAAUAUGGAUGACUUGCGCAGCAAGCAACCUGAACAAGGUGGUGCUGAACAAACAGGGAAUGCUACAAAUGCCUGUACUUCAUAUGCUGAAGCCCCAGUUGAGGCUGAUGCUCUUGAAAUAAUUGCUCAUAAGCCUCUGCCAGCAGAUAGGAUUAGUACAGAUAAACUAAUUCCAUGUAAAAAAGUUAAUGAUGAUAUUCAGAUAUGCUCCAUCAAAACCAGACAUUCCCUGGAGAGUAAUAAUUUAACAAAUAACACAUUGUUAACAGAGAAAAAAGACUCACUGAAUAGUACAGUUCCAGGAAGGAAGUUUGCUGAGGGUCACCUGGAAGAAUCGUCCUCUUUGCCCAUGAGAACAUCUGGAAAUUUAGUAAACAUGAAUGGAAGGUCGUCCUUUGAUCUUUCUGCCUCAGAUAAAAAAGCUGAGAAAACUCCAGUAUACUUCAAUUUUUUAGACCUCAGUUCUUGUUCAAGAAUAAAUCAAAUGAGAGGUCAAGCUACAUGGACUUCAGCUUCCAAAGAACCUCCCCUUUUGAAACUACCAUGCUUACUGGAACAUGCAAAUGUUACUUCAAUAACUCAAAAACUCAGUGAAAAUAUUGACAGAAGAGAAACAGGACUAGCUUCUACCAGUCUUAACAGAGCUGCCGACACUUUGAAUAUCUCUAGUAUCCACCGAGAGCCCCAGGGAGACCCCAGUGAAGGAUGGAAUGCUACAGCAAAGACUUUUUAUGAUUCUUCUUUUCCCACAGAACAUGUUUGUACUGUCAGCUAAAAAAAAGGAUUUACUGCUUUACAGAAGUCUCCUCACAUGACUGUAACUCCAGCAAGUCAUGGAAGUGCAGCUGGAGAAGAGGACAGAUCUUCAAUUCAUAACUCCAUUAUACAAAACCAAACAGAAGAAAUUGAGAAAAUCCUGAAUGUGGAGAGACUUCAUUCAGCAAGAAAGAGAAAAUACGAAGAAGGCCAGUGAGGAUCGGUGUCUUUUAGGCACAGAUAAAUCACUUAAUGUAACCAAGAUUUGUAGAGGUAUUGCUGUGUAAUGUGGUGUGUGUGUACUGUACUUUCAUGUUCAGUAUAGGCUUCUUUAAUGUUAAAAAUUUGAUACAAUCCCUAGUAAUAACCUCAGUUCUGUUUCUGCAAUCAAAUCCAAGUUCUUAUGGAUUUUGCCUGAAGUUGAAGUUCACAAGUUAACGUUUUAAUAUCCAUCAAGUAAUACUAAAUUAUUACUUCAGAUUACCCUUCUCCUGCUCCUCAGACAUUCUGGUUUCUCUGUUAGAUUGCUCAUGCAGUUUUCAAACAAAAUCACCUGUAGCUAUUUCAAAAUAUAGUGGUUUCUGCAAACAUUUACAACUCAGAGUGAUUCUUAAGUGGCAGAAGAACAGGAAAGCUUUCCGCUUACCAUUGGUGCCAACCUAUUGAAAUAUCUCUGCUGUAGUUUAUCUAAAGCAUCAGGUAUGAUUUACAGAGGUAAGGCAGCAGAUCUUGCUUCACAAAGCUUCCCUUUUAACUGGUUCACACUUUUCCUCUUAGGGUGUAGGGGAAAUCUAUUUUACAAUUACUUGCACUUCAUUUUUCUGAUCUCCUUCCCUCCCUUCCCACACUUCUUGCAAAGGAAGAGUCUCACAUUGUGAACAAAAACACA